AAUUUCUUGACUGAUAAUUCACAAUCAUCCUAGGGAGGUUCAACCUUACCAAGGUACACUGGAGAUGUCCUGACUGACUCUUGACCAUCGGGUCAACCCCAACAUGAACCCUAACCCUAGGCUCGGCAACGUCAUUCGUGUGCAAUGCGACAGCUGCAAGCCACCCGAGAGCUAUGGACCUCCGCCGCAGCUUGUUGGAUGAAUGAUGGCCAUCUGGGCGAAAAUCCGUGCAAUAUAGAUUAUCACUUCCAAGAAUACGAUUAUUGAUAGUAAUUCAACAUCAUGGCUACUAUCGCUCUCGCUGCAGUCGGCGGUCUGGCCGCCAUCGGAAGUGUCCUCUACUCGCCGGUGAAGCAACGCUACACGACCCUUGGGCUCGGGCGUGCGGCAGACAAGAUCGUCAACAUCCACGGCGUCGAACCUUUGAAGAUUAUCCCCAAUUCGAUCCAAUGUGAAGACCUCCACCUUGAGACCACGACGCAGAAGCUCUUCGCGGCUUGUCAGGAGACUGCCAAAGAGCGAUCCCUUUGGUUCCCAUCGCUCGCCGUCGUCACCAAUCCGACAGCCGUAGGCCGUGGAACCAUCAUCCGUGUCGAUCCAACGACAUUCGAAUCCACGGUCUUGAAGCUCAAUGGACACACAACGGGGAUGGUCACGCACGGGAUCGACCUCUUCAACGAUCCCAUUGAUCCUUCCAUCCUCUGGAUCUUCGUCAUCAACCAUCUCCCCGAGCCAGACCGAUGGUUCCGUAAGCCCGCCCUCUCCGACGCCUUCGAGACCGCGCAAAUCGACGUCUUCAAACACGAUCUCAACACCGACGAAGCAGACUACAUCCGCUCCGUCCGACACCCACUGAUUAAAACCCCCAACGACCUUCUCGCCACCUCUCCAACAUCCUUCUACGUCUCCAACGACCACAACCACCUCAGCGGUGCCCGACGCAUCUGGGAAGACGUCGGCGACCAGAACACCGCCCCGUCCACCACCGUCGUGCACGUCGACUUCGGCGAAGCCGAUGGCCAAGACGCCUUCGCCCACGUCACCGCCAGCAUCGCCCUCUCCAAAAUCCACAACAGCAACGGCCUCGCACGCUCCAGCCCGCUACACCCUUCAGAAAUCAGCAUCGCCGACGCCAGCGGCGGGGUCCUUACGCGCGUACGAAGGAAUCUCGCACCGGGCGCUUCCCGCGAGCUGGAGAUACUCGAACGCAUCCAGCUCGACAGCACGAUCGACAACCCGAGCUACUACGACGACAUCUACGCAACGCCCGGGAACAACGCCAGCGGGUACAUCGUACCGGGACUCCUCCGCGCGGGAGCCCUGGCGGAUGAUUUCCCGCACCUGGAUCGGCCCAUUGCGUCGUGUGUCUACCAUGUCAGGUCGAAUGAGCGCGAGGUCAAAUUCGAAGGAGGCAAUGUCUGGGAGAAGAGGUUGGUCUUCGCGGAUGAUGGGAAGAUGUUGAGGAGUGCCAGUGGAUCUGUCCUUGUGGGGAUCAACCCGAAGGAGAACGGAGGGAAGAAGCAGGGGUGGUUGUUUGCGACGGGCUUUGGGAGCGAGGCGAUUGUUGCCGCGAAGAUUGAUCUGUGAGAUUGCGGCUGUCGUUGCCGUGGGGCUCAGUAGUGGAAGGCGCGGAGUGCUUUUUGAAAGUGAAUGUGUAGGAAUGGAAUAGUAGGAAGAAACUUCGCUAUCUUUGCCAAUCCUCCCUCUCUCUCCCUCUCCCGAUGGAAAUAGACUCUAGGGUCUCGUCAACACAGUGACGUUCUUGGUGAAGUACGUCAAGACGGGACCGUAGAAGGCGCCGUAGAGCGAGGUCAAGGCGGCCGUGACGACGGCAUCGCCGCUGGCCAGGGAUGAGGGGAUGUGGACGUAGUGGGUGAUAUUGUC